UCGCCUGAGCUCCGUGGAAGGAGCCGGAACCGAACCUGAGCGCUACUCCAGACCGGCCUGGACAAAGCUGGAUCCCGGACGCGCGUGCAUCAUGAGAGGCGCCGGCUGCGGGCGCACGGAGCCCGCCUGACUUCCGAGAGAGCGCGGCAAAAUGAAGGCACCGCGGCGCCAUGGCAUUGCCAUGCUUCUCGUGCUACUCCUGUGUGCAAGCCUCUUCUUGGUCUACAACGGCAGUUUCUACAGCGCUGCCCGAGACGCCAACGACACGCAAACGUGGCGCAAAGAGAAAGCGCAGUCGCCACGUCCCGUCGCCGCCUCCUUGAGGCCAUCUGGGCCUCGCCUACCGCCCCUCCAGGGUUACAUCAGCAUCGAGGACCGCAAGCCUCUCAAGAUGCACUGCGGGACGUGCGCCCUAGUGACCAGCUCGGGCCACCUCAUCGGGGGCGGCCGGGGCCAAGAGAUCGACCGGGCCGAAUGCGUUAUCCGCAUGAACGACGCACCCGCCGCAGGGGACUACGCUUCAGACGUGGGCCGCCGCACGUCCCUGCGCGUCAUUGCUCACUCCAGCAUGCAGCGCGUACUAAGGAGUCGCAACCAGCUGCUCAACGCCAGCCAGGACGCCGUUUUCAUCUUCUGGGGGCCGAGCAGCUACAUGCGGCGCGACGGCAAGGGCUUGGUGUACAACAACCUGCGGCUCAUGAGCCAAGUGCUGCCGGCGCUCAAAGUUUACAUCAUUUCCUGGCAGAAGAUGCUGCAGUUUGACGAGCUCUUCAAGAAGGAAACCGGCAAGGACAGGAAGAUAUCGAACUCGUGGCUGAGCACUGGCUGGUUUACGAUGACCAUCGCCCUGGAGCUGUGUGAUAGAAUCAACGUCUACGGCAUGGUCUCCCCAGACUUCUGCAGUGGGGAUCCUGGCCACCCAUCGGUGCCCUACCACUACUACGAGCCGCGGGGCCCCGACGAGUGUGCCAUGUACAUAUCGCAUGAGCGCGGCCGACGUGGCAGCCACCACCGCUUCAUCACGGAGAAGCGGGUCUUCGCCAAAUGGGCUCGGACGUUUGACAUCCACUUCUACCAGCCCGACUGGCGCCCCCCUCCUCUGCCGGCAAACCGCAGCCUGGACGAAGUCGACGCUAAAGGACGGCAAACGUGAUCGUAUGACGGAACCCGCUCAGGAACACGCGCAGACUUUGGCGUCGACGCAAGACGAAGUUGAUCCUGAUUGACGUUUGUCGAGAAAAUAUUUCAAGGCUGCUGCCAAAACGCCGCACGGAAGGCGUUCAAAGUCACAAGCUCUCGUUUUUUUUUUCUCUACUCCCGCUGUGAAGGUGAAGUGAUACGAGGAGCGAGCAUCAGCGUCUCACGCUCACUCGGGAGAGCUUGCAGCAACGUCAAUCAUUUUGUGUGUACGUGUGUGUAGGCACUGAUAGUGAGCUCCAUUUAAAGUUGAACUUUUCAUGUUUUGUAAAGAUCUAGAAGGUGAAAUGAAAUGGGCUUUUUGUUUAACUCAUUGGCUGCCACUGAAGACAAUAGACGACCAAUCCAUUUGAAAUGGGAGGGUUGUUCAGUUGUCGUUCAAAUGGAUUCGACAUGUACGAGUGGUAAACUAAAAUAAAUUAACAGCAGACGAAUUAAAAGAGCCACAUGAUUGGACGUCUAUCGUCAUUGGCAAUGAAUGAUUUAAAGUAAGUGCCUGUGACAGCAUAAAAAAAUCUGAAAGGGCAUUAUUAUGUGAAUUAGAAUCAUAUUUUGAUAUGAUCCGACUAUAUACAACAAUUUGGCAAAGCGCAGAUGACGGGAAAUUAGUCUUUUAAUCUGCCAUUUAGCCCCGCCUGCCAUUAUAGCGCUCUAGCGUCCCCAGCUGGAGGAUGACGUCGGCGGGGGUCACGAUUUCAUCUGAUUUAGAAUUCAGCCCAUUAAGGGGGAAGAUUCAGAACAAGAAAAAUGUGACGAAGAGAUCAGCAAAAUGUCAUUGUUUCAGUCUCUCUACUCCAAUAUUUUACAGGAUAUUCUUUUUAACUAAGUAUUUUUCCCCAAUUGCUAAAUAAAUGGUGUGGUCAUGACAAAUAACAGUUUUGUGCUAAAUGGAAUAUGAAAUAUUAAAAAUGUAUUUAUUCAGUACGACAGGGCAAAAUUACUGCAUAAUGGUCAAAAUUGUCGACUUCUUACACCUCCCGAACGGUGUUUUAUGCCACUGGAGUUAGUCUUUUUUCAUUUCCAUGCCACGGUUUCGGAGCCGGAGGAAAGAGCGUAAACAAAACAGGAGGCGUGACAGCCAGCCGACAUGCUAACCCGAACAGAGCGGCGUUUUCGAUUUAUUCUCACCUUUCGAAAAACGAAAAAUUACACAAAACUACCCCAGAUCAUGUCACAUGGUGGCGGGGUUGAUUGUCCACCCCCAGCAGCGAGCACGUUGCAGCUCGUUGUUCCCCUGCUGUGGGCAGGAGUGCUCGUUGCCGGGUAAGCAGCUGGAGAAUGACCGCCGAGUGGCGGUUCCAAUCAUUUUCGCCUUUCGAAAACGAAAAAUAGAACAAAACUACCCCGACUCAUGUCACUCACGGCGUCGAGGAUGACAGUUUCACUGAUCGGCCAGCAUCAAGCGGCGAGCAAGCCCGAGCCCAACCCGAGGAUAGUGGUCUAUUGCCGGACACAUGAAGAGGGCAGAGGGGGCUGGUAGUCUGGACGAUAUGGGGAACCGCAGACGAGAGCUAGGAGCUGCAUGAGCAUAAGCCGAGUAUAGCACUCUCUCACCGGGCACGCGAAGAGGACCGAGGGGGGUGUGCAACAAGCCGCCGGUCGUCAGUCGAGUAGCCUUCUCGGUGGACAAGGAGCAUUGUCAGCCACAAAAUGCAAGCCACUUCCUUAUUAAAACGUGUGACAUGAUCCCAGUAUUUGACAUAAUACAAAACACGUAGUUUACUCACUUCCUCGUAAGUCCAAUGGUCCCACAGUUGUCGGACUUGUUUUGGCCUAUCUCUGCGGUGAACGGGAACUUUUUGAAACCCAAAAAGGCUGACACGCCUCUCCCUACUGCAGCAACAAAAUCCUGCAGCACAUUUUGCUGGGGGGUUGCAAAAAAUAAAUGAAUUAAUCCACAAAAUCAGAUGAAAUCGCAGUCAGUCUGCAUGCUAUAUAGCAAUGCUGUAUUGUGUGCUGACCUGGGUGAUGUCACAUUCGCAUUUGUCAAUCUCUCGACUCCUCUUAAUCCAGGAAGUCACUAAUUUUCAUGGCGCGGGAUUCAAAAAAUUGAAUAUAUAAAUCGAUCGCUUCCACACACAUCCAAGUGGUCCAUUUCAUUCAGGAGCAUAAAUUUCGCGUGAAUCAUGAAAUAAACAUGCUUUUUGCUGUCAUAGGCACUUUAAGGGCCUGUUGACACCUAGACAUGUCGUACUUUUUACUACUACUAAAACGACCUCAACCUUACUGCAAUCGACACAUGAACUUCAUUUAAAAGUCAGCACACAGGUCGAUUUUGCCCCGAAGUUAAAUCUCACUAAAUUCACGAGAGAAGAGAAGAAACAGUGAGCACCAUGGCAACGAAUCUGAAAUGAAGGUAGAGGCACAUUUUGAUUUCGAUAAUAAGCCCCUGCUACCAAGCCCCUUCCCACACACCAAAAAUCUAACAGUAAUUGACACCCCUUUCCUAAAAAGGGUUAUACUGCACUAUACUCGACCUAUCGCGAAACCACACCCCCAAAUCAGAAAAGUCGGACACAUAGCCACAGAGUUGCAUCGGAAUACUGUGUGAUUGUGAGUUAAAACAUCUUUUUUCCUAACUGGAAAAUAGCAAAAACCCGAUAGUUUAACGUUGUGCAUGGGGAACCUGUAAUUCCGACACCAGGUAGCCUGAAAGAUUGAGGGGCGGAAUAUUUUGGGCCAUUUUCAAAGCCUAAAAGAAGAUUCACCAAAUGCACGCUCCGGAUAAGGCUCUGUCGUCGACCACAUAAACAACUGAAUGUCAAGACAGUAACUCAAGGACACUUAUUCCUCCUCAAAAGUAAGUUAAUGAUUGAUUUGUAAAUAUAUAUAUAUGUGUGUGUGUGUGUAUAUAUAUAUAUGUGUAUAUAUAUAUAUAUAUAUAUAUAUAUAUAUAUAUAUAUAUAUAUAUAUAUAUAUAUAUAUAUUUGAUAGCAUGUAGUAAAAACGUAGACUAAACUAUUAACAUUAAUUUGCUAAUAUUUGACUGCCUAUUCAUCUACUAGCCUGAAAUAGAAUAAAAUAUAACUAAGCUGUCAAGACCCCAACACUGAAAGUCCAAAGUAAACACCACAAACUUUCUAUAAAAAAAAGAACUUUAGUUUGGUCACGGACGCACACGAAGGAAAGUUCUCCUCAAACACACACCUAACAUUGAGAUGUGGGCAAAUCGAAUGCACGACCCUCACAACGCUGAGCAUUAUUCAAGUUGCACAUGUAUGUUUAUGAUGUAAGUUGUUUAUUUAGCACCUAUGGAUAAUAGUGAGAAUCCAACUGAAUGUAAAAGAUUGCUUAUUCAUUGCCACAAAAGCUUCGGGACAAAAAUCUGACAACACAUGACAUAACGUUAUAGCUACAGAGACAUUGGGCCUGUGGGGGUUCUCAUUUGUAAGUUGCGUGUGUUAGCAUUACGCGUCGAGUACAAAAUUUUUAUCUUUGUAAAGUUUAAUACCAUAGACAUACUGCUUUACUGCAUACUGAAAUCCUCUCUGUCUACUUCUAGACGAAAUUCAUUUUAAAAAAAAAAACAACAUAAAAACAAAAAAACAGGUCUAUUGUCUCCCGCCAUCAUCCAUAAAUCGUUCGUUCACUCAAUUACUGUCACUGAGAGAAUUUGAUAAGUUCUACAAGGGGGUGGAGCUUUACGAUAGGUCCACUGCUUAUAGAUACCACAAGAUGGUGGAGUCAGACAGCUUUUGGCUAAAAUGAAGCUCUUCGACUCACUUGAACAGCACCAAAGCAAUACCAUUAUUAGGCGACUAUGCCAUGCCGAAUCGCAAUGACGUGGGUUUAGCGUAAUAGAUUAGUAAAGUCGCACAGGUUAACGAAACAGAGGUGAACAUCCUGAGAUCUAUUUUCUAUUCUAUGCUAACCCUCUUGGAAUUGAUGACAAUCUGUGCAAAGCGUUCCUCACAGUUAAAAUACUAAAAAUGAGGUUAUUCAACGAAAAUGAUUUUACAAGACAAAAACAUGGAAUUUUACAGAAUUCCACUAUUUUUUUAAAAAACAUUUAUAUCCAACUUUGCAAGUUUUUUUUUAAUAGGAGAGCGGACAAAAUGAAACUUUUUAAGCCCACCACACAUCAAAUGAUGCAUCCAAACCCAAAUUGAAACAGAUAUGAUAAAAAAAAUAUAUAGCGGAAAAAAACAGAGACAAGACUGAAAAAGCAGUUUCUGCUCUUGCACCCCUCUUUAAAACAAACUGUUGUAUCUUAAGCCAAAAGAACUGUUGUGUUUGAUAUAACAAUAUGUCUAUAUGCUGCCAUAGCAGAUUCCUGGCACAUUAAGCCCCCGAAUUAUUUUUAAUUUGUCCGAUUUAACCUGGAAACCCCCGUUUACAAACGUCGCGCAACCGCUUUUGUUUCAACCCAGCCAUAAAAUGAGGGUAAGUAAUUAUAUUUAUUAUUUGAAAUAUCUGUCAUUUUUAGCUUAGAAUCAUUAAUCAAUAUUUCGUUUUUUUUUUUUUU